AUGCCCACACGGAGGAGGGAUCUGCCGCUGGUGGAGGACGACUCCCAAGAGCCUCAUCAAGACGAGAUAGAUCCCCCAGUGUUGAAACAGGCCAUGAAUACAGCGCGAGGGCAAUUCGUGCGUGACCAGCCCCGACAUUCAUCCCCGCACACAACGCCAGCACUUCGAGCCAACAUUUCCAAACGGCGAGCGCCAGGUUCGGGCUCUUCGCAUGUAUCAUGGCGUAUUGGCAUGGCCCCCUCCACCGUGAUGACCUUGUCCAAAGAAGAAUCGCAAAUCGAGCAGAUUCUCUCACAAACUAGUGCCUUCUACUGCGGCAUGUUUGAAACUUCCUGGUCUCGACGGUUACAAGAGAGCAGCACCGCAUUCGACAUCAUGAGCGAAAUGGAGAAUUUCAGCGGGUCGAUCACUACAGCAGGGGGCCUUCUGGCUGUUGACAGAAUCGACACGGCAUCAUUGAUCUUGGGUCGAGUGCUCCCUACGCUUCAACACCUUUUGGUAUCGCAACAUCCGCAAUUAUACUAUGUAUUGGCGGAUCUAAGUCUUGAUACAUCGGACAAUGAAUUGGGACGGCUCCGUGGGCAGGUCAAGCGAUUUUCAGCAGGCAUAUCCCAGACCAUUCUUGGAGCACAACAUCCCAUCACACGACUUCUGCGUCUUGACCUUCCCCUUGAUCAAACCCUUCGCCUGCGUGAACUGAUCCAGCGCAAAGUCCACGAACUACACGAGCAGUUCUUCAGCCAAACAUCAUACCAAACCACCGGACAGUAUUACUAUCUCGCACGUGUGCUAGCGCAACUCGGGCAAACCGACGAGGCGGCACGGAUUCUGUCCUCGAUUAUGACCAUUUGGGAAGUCAACUACGGGAUGAACAGCCUGAUGUCGGUGACGGCGCUGCUAGAGAUGACGAAAGUGCGCCUCGCACAAAAUAACCCGGACGUGCAAGCCGAGUGCCUAGUGAACGAUGCACUGCAACGGACUCUGACACUCGAGGACAGCACUAAGGUACGGCCGUUGAGCGCGGGCAUUGUGCACAGUCGCAUGGGCUGCCUCCGCACACUGGCUCGGCUAUUCGUGAUGCGUAACAACUACACGAUCGCCCUACAGCACUACACGCAAGCGGUGCAAGUGGGAAUCAACGAGUUGGGACCUGCGGCGCCCGCGGUACUACUCGCACUCGCGGACCUCGACGCCGCAAGCAAGAUGGCUGCUCACGCAAAUGCAAACGCAGCGAGCAUCGGUCUCGAGGAGUAA